CCAACCUGCAUGAUGCAUCGUCACCUCGCGCUCUGACACCAGCUAGUGCACAGCUAGGAUUCGAAGUACCAUAGGCUGCCGGUUUUGUCUAGCCAGCAAGCUGGACUGCAUGCAUGCUGGAAAGUAGGUUUGCGUGCCGAUGAUGGAGCUUCAUGACGUUCACAGAUCCACAAGCAUGGGACAUUACGGAGAGCGAGCGAACGUGGGCCUCUAUUCUGCCGCAAUCAACCUCGGCAGCUGCUGAACUUGAAGUAGGAGCCAGCGAAAGCAAGCGGAAAAGCGAAUCACCUUGAACAGGUGUGCUCUGAUCGAGGGUCCUACACAGAACGUCCUCAAAGUUCGCAGUAGUGAUCUGCCUCUGGCCCUCAGCAAAAGGGCUUCUUUCUUUAGAUUUUCUCGGCCUUGGAGGAAAAGUCAGUUGCAGAGAAGAAAGUAGCGUCAAUCUCGCUCGCAUUUGAGGAUGCCCAUCAGUGCAUGGUGGAAUCAAAAUCGCUUAUCACCUCCUUGCUUUGGCAGUUUUUGACAGGGUCAAUUUCACAAGAGAAGAACAGAGAUUGCUGAUUGAACUUAGAGAAGCACUCUUUACUCGAUCCGGAUUGCUUCUGUGUUGAGCCACUACUUUCCCGAGUCGCGCUGACGUCAACAAUGGCGGGGAAUGUUACCAUCUCUGCAAGCAGAGGCGAGCUCCUACACAGGCUAGCCGGAGGCAUAUGCCAAAAGCUCGGCGCCCCUGCUUCUUCCCCUGGGAGGGAGCUGGCUUUCCAGAUUUUGGGCGCGCUGGUGAUUGGGUUUGGAGUUGGGGUCUUCAACUUUGUGGUGGAGCAUAGCAUGUACGCCAUUUGCAAGGGGCUGGAAAACAGGAAGAUCAUCCGACGCAUCUGCCCGUCAAUAGCAGUCGACUUUGCGCUGCAUUACCGCACUGGCAGCUUCCUGGGCGUCAGCCUGUCAUACGUCCCCGUCGGCUUCUUCCUCACCCGCUACCGCGCCGGCUUUCUGAACCGGAUUGGCUUCCACUUCGAUCCGCUGGGCAUGCUCAUCUUCCAGUGGGCCUUCAUGUUCCUGCACGACUGGUGGUUCUUUACCGUGCACUAUAUGAUGCACAAGUACAAGGCGAUUUACAUGCGGUUCCACUAUAUGCACCACAAGUCAGGCGGCGACCUGUCGGUCUUCUCGACGGGCUUCAUGGAGUGGGCGGACCUGCUGGCCACCAUCAGCUUCUUUCACGGCUUCGUGAUGACGUGGCUCUACUGGCAGCGGCCCAUGUGGAACGCGGCGGCGCUGCUGUGGUACUUCGCGUGCGAGAAUGCGGCCAACAUGGUGGGCCACUGCGGGUAUGACCUGCCGCACUGGCUCACGACGGCGCUCUCGCUGGGCAGCCUCGGGACGCCCUGGAGCCAGAACGCGCAGAUCCACUACGUGCACCACCUAGACCCGCGCUACAAUAAGAGCCUCUAUUUUACGUGGUGGGACCAACUGGUCGGUUCGCACCGGUCGACGCACCGCCUCAUGGAGAGGGACCGGGCUCGCUAUGAUGCGAAAGGCGACCUAAUCGAAGUGGAGCCGAGAGCGGAGGUCAAAAGCUCUUAGAAAGGCGGAUAGUUAGUCGUUCUGUAGCCUGUACAUAAGAUUACUGUAAGAUCCGGAAGCCUAGCCGAUUCGGCUCAAUUCUCAUAACAGUAGACUAAUUGUUGUCAAAACAAGGGCCAAAAUUGGAUUUUCUCUAUUGCUACAUUCAUUGGUUGCCUUGACCGGCCAGCUUAAAAGAAGAGGACUAAUUCUUACUCGAAGAGGGUAUAAACUCGAAGAGGGUCUAAGUAGGUUGAGAGAAAUAUUUGAAAUUAGCGCAGAGUUUACCAAUGACCACCAUUCCUUGUUUUAGUAUGCACGACCAAUUUUCUUGAAAAUUAAUUAGGCACAUCCAUUCAUAUACCGUAUUUCAAGCAACCGACAUUGACCAUUCUGUGAUUUGCGAGUUGGAAGAGGAAGCCUAUUAAAAGAACUGAACUAUCUUAGGCAACAUCGUUGAUAGUGUUCGAUCAGAGUGAUCAACUGUCCACCCA